UGUUCGUCAUUUUCAUGAACACUUACGGUGUCAUCAUGACUGCGUUUCAGUCAUUGAGAUGACAUUGGGUGUAAUGUGUACCCUGUGGACAGGCAUGAAGGACGCAUGCCCCCGCGACCGGAAUACCGACUUCCCAUCAUGAAAUUAUUCUUCCUUCAAGUAGUUUUUCAGAAAAGCAUAAAUAGGAAGUGAUCGAUAAUAUUGGUCAUUCCGACACCAUACACAUCCGCAGCGUGGUGUGAAUGUGUUAGUGCAGGCUAUAUUGCGACUGGUAGCCAAUUACUCGGUGAAAUGGCAAGCAUGAAGUGCCUACAACUUUUGAUCAUCGGCUUGAUCGGCGCGAGUUGGGCUUCACAGGGCCACUAUGAAGGAGGAACGGUUACGUGGAGAGCUGACCCACUGCAUCCUCAGAAUGUAGAUGUGACAGUCCAACUCAACUUCAAGCACAGCUAUACCAACGGCUAUCUGCACGAGCCGUGCACAGAAACGGCGAUCCAGACGAGAGAAGUGCUGAGCACUGAAGGGUCGUUCCGGGUUGACGAUGAGAAAGUGUCUUGGGCGAGGUACGUCUGUACAGCGUACGACGAAGUGGACAACUGGAGCAUAGGCAGUUACACCUUCACCCAUACCAUGAGGCCAGGACAGACCAGCGUCGAGUUCAAUUACGAGGAAUGUUGCUGGCUGACAGAAGUCAAGAACAACGGGCAAAAGGUCAGCCAAGGGCGGGGCUGGAAUCUAGCCUCAACCGUUGAUAUCGCUCCGCGACCCGACAACGGCGCCGUCAAUAACCCACCGAUGGCUGCUUCUAUCCCGGUGUUUAAGAUCAACAAAGGGUGCCGGAGUGCCUUGUAUAUCCCAGCUUGGGAUAACGACGCUGACGUUGUCAAAUGUCGCUGGACUGACCCAGACAAAAAUGAAUGCAAUAACCAAGAUGGCGACGCAUGUGGGCCCUUGUAUGUGGACGCCAGGAGAAGGAAACCGGGAGCAGAGCUGGAGCAGGACACGUGUAAGUUGAUCUUCCACCCCAAGAACCCCAAGGGCAGGUACGCUAUGUCGGUCAUGAUCGAAGACUUCGCCCCUUCUGACUUGACCACGCCCCUCAGUAAGAUCCCCCUGCAGUUCUUGGUGUCGGUGGAGCCUCGUAGCGGCACUUGCCGUAAGCCGGUUAUGCUGGAUGUGCACGGGGCCUGCGUGACGAUCCCUGCGGGCCGCCUUAUGCAGAGACCAAUCACCGCUCGCAGCUCCUCGCCUAACUUUCGGAUUGUCAGCAUCGAUACAAUAAAACCCGUAGGCAUUACCGUCUCCCCCGUUACCAGAGUGGAGGGAUCCGAGACAGACUUUUACGUCAUGUUGUCCUGGACGCCUUCAAUUGGUCAGAUUGGACGUCACGUGAUAUGCUAUAAAGCGGAAGAGGAGGGACGUUUCUACAGUGACAUGGCUUGUAUUUACAUCAAUGUUGUCGAUCCUGAAGUCUAUGAGCCUUUGUAUGUGAUGAAGUCACUGUCCAUGCCCGCCGAGGGGUCGGAAACUGCCGAAAGGGAAUUCGCAGUGCAGUUCAACAGGCAGGUAUCAAGACCGGACAAACCAGCCUAUAUUUCCAUCCUGGACGCCGAGGACGAGGCCAUUUUCACUAUAGACACUUCAUCUGAAACUGACGUCACCUUCGAGGGAAACAGUCUGACAUUCUCCCUUCCGUUGGAUGUUGUGCUUCAGUCCGGAAGCACCUAUCGGUUGCGCGUUGAGGCACAGGCAGUGAAACCAACUGAGAGGUGUGGGUCAGCGUCCUCUGUUGAUGAAUGGAGCUUCACUUGGAUCGGUCGCAAACUCCCCGGCGAGAUCGAGGAGACCGCAGUAGUUCGUCAGCAUCCCAGCUCGGCAGACUGCCGAAGUAACUUCAUGCAGGUGUUUGUCUCUAAGGCGCUGGUUGGGAAUAUUGAUCCCUCCACCAUGUAUCUCAACGACCCCACAUGCACCGGCAGAGAAUAUAACGUCACUCAUUACGUCAUUGGAACCUCAUAUAAUAUGUGCCAAACAUCGAUGCAGGAAGCCAGUGAGGCUGGUCUCGUGUCCUUCGAGAACUCGGUCUUCAUCCCGCCUCAACCGUACACACCAGAAAGCGAGAUCACGCGAGAUCAUUUCAUCGAGAUACACAUGUCGUGCCGCCUCCUUCGAGACGCUGUCGGCUACCUAGCCUUCGAUCCCAACGUCACCACGAUCGUUUAUUACGAAGAAGGCUUCGGGAACUUUGACUUCUCGUUCACCAUGUUCGAAGAUAGCUACUUCACCACGCCCACAAGUCGAUACAGCUACCCCCAAAUCGUUCAGCUGGACCAGCCGGUAUAUUUUGAGGCCCGCAUAAACUGCGAUCCAGAAGAACAGUGUGAAGGUGACGUCAUGAUUGAUAGCUGUUGGGCUACGCCCACAACCAACCCGUUUGACGUCAAACGUUAUGCCUUUAUCAAGAAUGGAUGUGCCAAAGACGACACCGUGCAAUUCCUUCCGUCACCUUCAAGCGACAGAAAGCGAUUCUCGGUUCAUUCCUUUGCUUUCCUUGGUGAACAUAUUCACGGCCCGGUUUAUGUGCACUGCAAAAUGAGCAAGUGUUCCCCAGCAGGCGAUUCUCAAUGUGAGGUAAACUGCGAUGAACAAAUUGACGUCAUCGAUGACGGCAUUGACAACAGUUUAGUGCGCAGGUCUCGACGUGACGUCGCCGACCAGACGCCACAGCAAACAGAACACAUAGCAACCAGACGGUUAAACCCGGAUCAUGAUUCUGCCACCCCAGGUGGAAAUUCAUUCAUGGGCGUCAACGCGGACGUUGUUGAAAUCGCAUUGCUCGGCGGUGUCAUAUUCUUACUACUAAUUCUAAUCGGUGUCCAAUGUAUGAAGCAGGAUGUGGCUGGAACAAAGACUACCGAUAGCGUCUGACUGACUUGAUGUGGUAAAUUCCACUAAUUUAAUUUGGAGAGAUGGUAGAAACGUUUACAAAAAUAUAAGAAAUUUUAAUUCCUUUUAUAACGCCAAAGUUUGGGGAAGGGUUUUUUGGAAAGUUGAGUCUGAAACCACAGACUAUCCAUAUUUACGUGAGCGCUGGGGCUGAUUUUCUAAUGAUUAAAAUUGAAGGGUUUUUUCAUUGUACAAAAUGUUCAAGAAAAAUACCAUGAUUUAACCACCUUCACUUGGAUUAGAACAUUUGCAUGAGUAAAAUAUACACUUGUUAUCCUCCACCAUUAAGCUGGCGAUGCAUAACUUUGCUCAUUCUAUGAUAUGUAUAAGUUUUAUAUUCUGAAAUAUUCAAAUUAAAUGAGAAGAAAGGACGUCUGGAAGUCUGUUAAAGAUAUAUCGAUUUAUGUUGUUAACAUUUGAAUCAUUUAUAUUUUAAUACCAGAAUGGAAAAAAAUAAUUCUUAAAUACGAAAUGUAAAAUAUACGUAGACAUCAGCACCUCCAUGAAUUAGAAAGUAUCCGGCCCUUCUUUAGUGUACGCUGUUCAAGGAGACAGAUAGUGAGCCCUGUCGUUUAGAUACGGCAGAUUUUUAUGGAUGGGAGGGUAACCGUAUGGCGAGAGAGUAUACCUUAAAACCUACCAGCUUUCCUCAAAUAUGCAGUGAGCAAGUGACUAAUAAAAGGGCUGUACAGGUGACAAGUGUUACCAUUGAUGUUAAGCCAUUCUUCAGGGUGUGAAUAUCUUGUCUUGGUUGACAAAUGUUGACGUGAACGUAAAGACAUAGAAGAGAAAGUUUCACGUGACAUGCGUUGAAAGGCUGGUAUUCAUUGGGUGAAAAUUGACAAAUAGAAAAAAGAGUAUUAAAGAUACUUUUCCCACGUAAAUAUAUAUCUGUAAAUACAAAUAUAAG